GUAACGCGAUAUAACCACCGCUAAUGAAAAGAUAAUAAUUUGAAAACCGCAACAAUCGAUUACGAAACGUCACGCGAUCGAGAGAAAGUAAACGAAAGAGAAAUUUACUUAAACUUGACAUAUACGCACACUUCGAUCUGUUCCGGUCCUGUGCCCUCCACCCUCCAGCCGAUCCUCCCGAAAUUUCCAAGUUAAAAACAAUACUCUUGAAAAAAUCGUAACGUAUGUCCUGGCUAGAGUUGUCCGGUUGAAGUGGAGGGGAGACUACCUACCGGAUUUUAACAUUUCGCAUUUCUUCUCCGGGUUGCGGUGAUGUCAGUGUGGUGCGAGUGUAUCGUGUGAAAUGUACCAACGAUAAGUGAGCUGGAGGAUGCUUUGUCCCAUACAAACUAGGUAAGGGUGGGUGAUGCCCGGCUGGUACAGCACCGGCACCCUCUACAAGGGGUUGUUCUUCUUGGUAGUCAUACUACUGGCGCUCGAAUACCUCUUCGGAUCGAUCACCGAGACGAAACAUUUCUUCGUUUUUAACGCCACGAGCAGGAUUCCGCACCAGGAAAAGGUGGUCCAGCACAGCCCCCUUGUCUCCACGCUCCAUCUCAAGAAAGCCACCAAAAGUCCCCCACUGUUCAACAUCACCGAACUUCCCUCAACGAACAAUUCCGUCGAAUCGGUCGAAAGCGAAACGAUCAACGCCACGGCCUUGCCCCCCUGUCCCGACGUCACCAACAGCCUCCGCGGGAGGAUCGAGGUGCUGAAGGCGCCCGUCCCCAGCGUCCAGGAGCUGGAGGGGCGGUUCUCCUGGCUGCGCCCGGGGGGGCACUGGGCGCCCGACACGUGCAAAGUCCCCAAGAGUGUGGCGUUGAUUAUUCCGUUUCGCUGCCGUGGGGAGCAUCUCCUGCUGUUUCUCCAGCACAUGCAUCCGUUCCUGAAGAGGCAGCAGCUCGACUAUACGAUCUACAUAGUCGAGCAAGAUGGCGACGGACCCUUUAACCGCGCCAUGUUGAUGAACAUUGGGUUCAAAGAAGCGCUCAAAAUGCGAAAUUAUGAUUGUUUUAUCUUUCACGAUAUUGAUUUGUUGCCGGAAGACGACCGGAAUUUGUACACGUGUCCGCCGGGACAGCCCAGGCACAUGAGCGUCGCGGUGGACAUUUUCAAGUAUAGGCUGCCUUAUCCGGCCAUUUUCGGCGGGGUGUCGGCGAUAAAUAGGGAACACUUCGAGUUGUUGAACGGCUUUUCCAACUCGUUUUGGGGUUGGGGAGGCGAAGACGACGACAUGUCGAAUAGGAUUAGGUAUCAUAACUUGUACAUCUCGCGAUAUCCGUUGACAAUAGCAAGAUACACGAUGUUGACGCACAAAAAGGACAAGCCGAGCCCUAACAGAUACGACAUGCUGAAGCAGGGACCCAAACGCUUCGACAAGGACGGGCUCAACAGCUUGGAUUACAAACUGAUCCAAAGCAAAAAGAAUCUCUUAUACACCUGGGUUUUGGUGGGGAUCGAGCCGCCGAGGUGAUGAAGCUACAUUUCUUCGUUUUUGCGUUACUUCGGUUGAUUUGUACUUAUAUGAGUUCCUUUAAAUGUAACGUUUUUUUUAUUUAUUGAGACAGACAUCGAGGGACUUGUCUGGAUCCAAGGUGAUAAUAGAUUUUAAAAUGAAACAUUCCACCCAAACGAUUCGAAUUUUUUCUAGUCAUUACAUUCCUUACUAGAAUUCCAUUAGGAAAGCGCGACUUAAGUAGUCUUCCAUGUUCUGUUCAGGCGGUUGGGUGGCUUUUGUAGCGUUUCAAGGUCGAGUAGGCGGAGCGCCGCUUCCCCCACCACGCCAGUGGCGCCCUUACUACUCAGACCACAGCUUGCUUGAUUUAUAACCAAAUCUAGGAAGCUGUGCCUCAAACAUAAUAAUCUAACGAGUGAGAUUUUAGAGAUAGAAUAGGUGCCAAAACGUACCAAGAUCACUCAUUACUUAAUUUAGGCCUAGUUUCGUUGCGAUUUUGUGGCUGUGAUUCCCUUUUCUUGAUCACUCAUAUCGUAGUAAUACGUAACUACCUGCUUAUUUUCGGGGCGAGCUCGAAUUGACCGCCCCGAUUUGCGUUCAGUUAAGUGUUCCGUCAAUUGAGAAGAUGAUAUUUUGACUGUAUGUAUAUAUUUUUAAGUAAAACCAAUGUGAUAUAUGAGAAAAAUAAAGAUUUUUAAUAAGAA